CCUCCUCCUCCUCCUCCUGGUUGUGCUGGUGCGGAGCUGUGAUGGCCGGGCGGCGGGUGUAGCGGGUGUAGAAGAUGUCGGGGGAGGUGCGGUUGCGGCAGUUGGAGCGGUUGUUGGUGGACGGAGCGGUGCGGGGCGGAUGGAUGAGUGUGGAGAGUCUGCUGGACUCGUUGCUCUGCCUGUACGAUGAGUGCUGCGCCUCCCCACUGCGCCGCGACAAGAACAUCCACGACUACAUCGAGUGGGCCAAACCAUUUGCCCAUAAAGUGAAGCAACUACGGCUACAUAAAGAAGACUUUGAAAUCUUGAAAGUGAUUGGAAGAGGAGCAUUUGGUGAGGUUGCAGUGGUGAAGUUGAAGCAUACGGACAAGGUGUUUGCCAUGAAGAUCCUGAACAAAUGGGAAAUGCUGAAGAGAGCGGAGACAGCCUGUUUUCGGGAAGAGAGAGACGUCUUGGUGAACGGAGACAGCCAGUGGACCACCACGCUGCACUAUGCAUUCCAGGAUGACAACUAUCUGUACCUGGUUAUGGAUUACUAUGUUGGUGGAGACCUCCUCACUCUUCUCAGUAAAUUUGAAGACCGACUUCCAGAGGACAUGGCUCGUUUCUACCUGGCUGAGAUGGUCAUGGCCAUCGACUCUGUUCACCAGCUGCACUAUGUCCACAGGGACAUUAAACCCGACAACAUUCUCCUGGACAUGAACGGACACAUCCGGCUGGCAGAUUUCGGCUCCUGCUUGAAGCUAAUGGAAGAUGGAACAGUCCAGUCCUCAGUGGCGGUGGGAACACCAGACUAUAUCUCUCCUGAAAUCCUCCAGGCUAUGGAGGACGGGAAGGGGAAAUACGGUCCGGAGUGUGACUGGUGGUCUCUGGGAGUCUGUAUGUAUGAGAUGCUGUAUGGAGAAACUCCAUUCUAUGCCGAGUCCUUAGUGGAGACAUAUGGGAAGAUCAUGAACCACAAAGUGAGGUUCCCAUUCCCUACGCAUUCCGACGUCUCUGAAAACGCGAAGGACUUAAUCAAACGGUUAAUUUGCAGCCGGGAGCACCGUCUGGGUCAGAAUGGGAUCGAAGACUUCAAGAACCACCCAUUCUUCGUCGGCAUUAACUGGGAAAACAUUCGCAACUGUGAAGCACCUUAUAUCCCAGAAGUCAGCAGCCCGACCGACACAUCCAACUUCGAUGUGGACGACGAUUGUUUAAAAAACUCUGAGACGAUGCCUCCGCCAACCCAUACAGGCUUUUCCGGACACCAUUUACCGUUUGUUGGGUUUACCUACACAAGUAACUGUGUAUUAUCAGAUAGAAGUUCUCUGCGCCUGGCAUCUGGGAUUGUCAAUACAGAGCUGGACGUCAACGUACAGCGCACUUUAGAAGACAGCCUAGCGACGGAGGCGUACGAGAGGCGGAUACGGCGCCUGGAGCAGGAAAAGUUGGAGCUCAGCAGGAAGUUGCAAGAAUCCACCCAGACUGUGCAGGCUCUUCAACACCCCACUGUGGAUGGCCCGGUCACCGCCAAUAAGGACUUGGAAAUCAAAUCAUUGAAGGAAGAGAUAGACAAGCUGAGGACACAAGGCAUCACUGAAUCCCAGAAUCUUAACCAGCAGCUGCAAAAGAGCGGAGGAGGAUCGAGGCAGGACUUGGAGGAUUUCUCUAGACAGAUCAAGGUGUUUGAGAAGCAAGUGAAAGUCCUGAAGCAGGAGAAGGAGGAGCUCAACAAGGAGCUCUCCGAGUCCAGCGAGAAGUUGAAGUCCCAAACCAAAGAGCUGAAGGAGGCCCAGAGCCAGCAGAAGCAAACUCUACAGGAGAUGAAGGAGCAGAGCGAGAGGCUGACUGAGCUGAGGUCUCAGAAACAGAAGUUUGUCCGGCAGCUGCGCGACAAGGAAGAGGAAAUGGAGAGCGUGGCUCAAAAGGUGGAGUCGCUGCGGCAAGAACUGCGCAAGACGGAACGGGCCAAGAAGGAGAUUGAAGCUCAGGCCGAAGCUGCAGUAGCCGAAGCCUCUAAAGACAGAAAAUUGCGCGAACGGAGCGAGCAAUAUGCCAAACAAUUGGAGAGCGAGCUGGAGAGUCUCAAGAAACAGACGGGCCGCACCCUGGGAUUCGGCAGCUCAGAACAGCAGCAGGAAAUCAACAAGCUGAGGACGGACCUGGAGAAGAAGAGUGUGUUCUACGAGGAGGAGCUUUCCAAGCGUGAGGCACUACACGCCGCCGAGAUCAAGAACCUGAAGAAGGAGUUGCGGGAAGCCGAGAGUCAGCAACUGACCCUCAAGAAGGAGACCAUGAUCCUAAAGGACAAGCUGGACAAAAUACGGAGGGAAAGUCAAAGUGAAAGAGAAGAGUUUGAAGCGGAGACUAAGCAGAAGUUUGAUCGGGAGCGGGUCCUCCUGUCCGACGAGAACAAGAAAUUCUCCAGUGAACUUGACAAGCUGACCUCCAUGCUGGAGAGACAGAGCGUCAACAACCGGCAACUGGAGGAGGAGAUGAGGGAUCUGGCCGACAAGAAGGAAUCAGUGGCUCACUGGGAGGCGCAGAUAACGGAAAUCAUCCAAUGGGUGAGCGAUGAGAAGGAUGCGCGGGGCUACCUGCAAGCAUUGGCUUCCAAGAUGACAGAAGAGCUGGAGACUCUGAGAAAUUCAAGUCUGGGGGCACGAGCCACGGACAUGCCUUGGAAGAUGCGACGCUUUGCCAAGCUUGACAUGUCGGCCAGGUUGGAGCUGCAGUCUGCUCUGGAUGCUGAAAUCCGGGCUAAGCAAACCAUCCAGGAAGAGCUCAACAAGGCCAAGGCGGCUAUCAUUGCUACAGAAUGUAAACUGCAGGAGUCCGAGAAGAGGAACCAGGAGCUGGCGGCAGAGAUUGAGAAGCUGAAAUGGGAAACCGAAGAGUUCCGAUCGGAGAAAGGUGUGAAACAUCAGGAAUCGCACAAUUCAUUCUUGGCAUUUCUGAAUGCACCUACCUCUGUGCUGGAUCACUUUGAGCGCUCUCCGUCCUGCAACCCAGCCAGUAGAGGCAGACGUAUGGAUUCGGUGGACAACUUUACUCUGUCCAAUACGCCGUCACGUGAUGAGGACGCAAAAUCUCAGGUCAUAUCGCGCUCCAGGUCGCCGUCGACUAUGAGUGACAUUGAACCCGGUGAGGCCACAGAUCACCCUCCACGCUCAGCACAGACACCAACGUUCAGGUCUUCCUACCUGGGCUCGGGCUCCUCCACACCAAAGCCCAAAGCUCACCAGUUUGUUGUGAAGACUUUCAGUACGCCAACAAAAUGCAACCAAUGUACGUCACUUAUGGUGGGUCUGAUCCGACAGGGUUGCACCUGCGAAGUGUGCGGUUUCUCUUGCCAUGUAACGUGUGCAGAUAAAGCACCCUCGUUGUGCCCCAUUCCUCCUGAACAGACCAAGGGCCCACUGGGCAUCGACCCUCAGAAAGGCAUUGGGACGGCGUAUGAAGGGCACGUUCGAGUGCCCAAGCCAGCGGGAGUGAAGAAGGGAUGGCAACGGGCACUGGCAGUUGUGUGUGACUUCAAACUCUUCCUAUAUGAUAUUCCGGAGGGGAAAAGCUCUCAGCCAUCUUGUGUGGUGAGCCAGGUCAUCGAUAUGAGAGACGAGGAGUUUGCUGUCAGCUCUGUCCUGGCCUCUGAUGUCAUCCACGCCAAUCGGAAGGACAUUCCCUGCAUUUUCCGAGUGACGGCUUCUCAGCUCUCGACGUCCAGCAACAAAUGCUCCAUCUUACUCCUGGCGGACAGCGAGAGUGACAAGAGUAAGUGGGUGGGGGUACUGAAUGAGCUGCACCGCAUCCUGAGGAAGAACAAGCUGAAGGACCGGUCUGUCUACAUCCCUAAAGAGGCCUAUGAUAGCACACUGCCGCUCAUCAAGAACACCCAGUCCGCUGCCAUCCUCGUGGAGAACGGAGUACAGCACUUCCUAGGGAAUGAAGAAGGAUUAUUUGUUGUUCAUGUCACCAAAGAUGAGAUUAUCAGAGUCGGGGACAACAAGAAAGUCCACCAGGUGGAGCUGAUCCCACAAGAGCAGCUCAUUGCCGUCAUUUCCGGGAGAAAUCGCCAUGUCCGCCUCUACCCCUUGGCGUCCCUGGACGGCAGAGAGACUGAGUUCUUCAAGCUGGCUGAAACCAAGGGCUGCCAGGGCAUCGCGUCUGGCCAGGUGCGGCACGGCACCCUCACCUGCCUGUGCGUCUCUAUGAAGAGGCAGGUUCUCUGCUACGAACUGAACCAAAGCAAGACCCGCCACAAAAAGAUCAAGGAGAUCCAGGUCCCGGGCAACGUCCAAUGGAUGGCCAUAUUUAACGAGCGCCUGUGCGUGGGUCAUCAGUCGGGGUUUAUCAGGUACCCGCUGCACGCAGAGGGAAGUCCUUCCAGCCUCCUCCACAACGACGACCACACGCUGUCCUUCAUCACGCAGCAACCCACGGACGCCAUAUGCGCGGUGGAGAUCUCAAAUAAAGAAUACCUGCUGUGUUUUAGCAGCGUUGGGGUUUAUGUUGAUUGCCAGGGUCGGAGGUCGCGACAACAGGAGCUGAUGUGGCCGGCGGUUCCUACUUCUUGCUGCUACAACGCCCCGUACCUCUCCGUUUACAGUGAAAACGCAGUCGACGUCUACGACAUCAAUUCCAUGGAGUGGAUUCAGACCGUCCCCUUGAAGAAGGUGCGUCCGUUAAACACAGAAGGCUCUCUCAAUCUUCUGGGAUUGGAAACUGUGCGGCUAAUCUAUUUCAAAAAUAAAACGGCCGAAGGGGACGAGUUGGUGGUUCCUGAGACGUCAGACAACAGCCGGAAGCAAAUGGUGAGGAACAUCAACAAUAAACGGAGGUACUCCUUCCGCGUCCCGGAGGAGGAGAGGAUGCAGCAGAGGAGGGAGAUGUUACGAGACCCAGAGAUGAGAAACAAACUGAUUUCCAACCCCACAAACUUCAACCACAUAGCACACAUGGGUCCCGGUGACGGCAUCCAGAUCCUGAAAGAUCUUCCUAUGAAUCCCCGGGCCCAGGACAGUCGGUCGAUGUUCAGUGGUUCUGUCAGUAUUCCGUCAAUCACCAAGUCGCGCGGAGAGCCCGGCCGGUCAAUGAGUGCCAGCAGUGGCCUCGCCGCAAGGUCGUCGCAAAACGGUAGUGCGCUACGGCGAGAAUUCUCGGGAGGGAGCUACGGAGCGAAGCGGCAGCCUAUGACAUCGCCGUCUGAUGGGUCUUUAUCUUCUGGAGGACUUGACCAAGGAAGUGACGCUCCAGCUCGGGAAUAUGAGAGAGAGGACUCAGACUCGCCAAGACAUUCGACGGCCUCCAACAGCUCUAAUCUUAGCAGCCCACCAAGCCCGGUGUCCCCUCACAAGACCAAGAGCAGUUCCUUAGAGAGUUCGGACCAUGUCAGCUGGGACGCAUGAACUUCACGCCCCUCACCGCUGCCUAAAAAGAGCUGCCUAAACUCCAGCUUGUGCGGAACCAGCGCGGAGGGGCCCCCCUGAUAUCUUACACAGCCCAACCACGCAGCACCGCGAUGCCUGGGACUCGUAAGAAGGCAGCUUGUUGCGGAACGGACCUUCUAGCUAGUAGAAUCGCUGCUUUUCACACGGUUUACAACGUGGCUUCCUCGCCAUAAAAUCCAUUAGCCACAACGAAAGGCAGCAACAAGCUC